GGCGGGACUGGGCGGGCGGCGGUCCGGGUUGAGGCUGCGAUCCCGCGCAGUGGAGCGCCGACCGCCGUGUAGAGAGCACGCCGCGCCGCGCACCCGCAGCACGCACCCGUCGCCAUGAUGCGGCGCGGUUCCAUGGCGAUUGCCGGGGGCGGCGAGCCUUUGAUCGUUGUGGAGGAAAGCGGCGUUGAGGACUCCGAGGCCUCCUACCACGCGCCGGUCCCCAUCCGAGGCUUCUCCGAGGAUCAGGAGUCCCCUCCCGACCCGUACCACUUGUCGCCAUGGCGCGACACUCGCAAGCAUUCCCUUCCUACCCCCGCCUGCACAUCUGGGCCUACCGCGAGCCAGGUGCGUCGCCUGUCUGAGAGAGGUGAGGGCGCAGCCCGCGAGGCGCGUGAAGCUGCGUUCUUGGCUACUUUGAGCCAGGCCUCUCCGCAGCCUGGUGGGCGAAGACAUUCCGUAGUAACAAUAUCAAGAGUGCCCCAGGCGCUGUUCGGCCGAGGUCGGAGGGAAUCAAUCGCGGCAUUCCCCGCCCUAGGUCGGCGGCGAGACUCCGGAGCGAGUAUUAAAAAAUGUCCGCCUGCCACCGACACACUCGGCAGCACACACAAUCUCCAACUGGACAUAAUGGACGACAUCGUGCAAGCGCGUAAAGUGCGCAUGCGUAUGUGGAACACUUCCAAUGAAAAGGUCUGUGAAGUGCAACCUCUAGAUGAACGAUCCCCCGUCAGUGGGUCGGUGCGGUACACGAACCGAGGGCGCAGGCACUCAGACUUCAUGGGCGCGCCGCUACCGCCGAUCCCAGCUCGGCGCCGUGCUUCCGAAAUGCCACCACCUAUCCCUCCACGCAGCGGAGCCGGGGUUGUCUGCACUGACACAGACCUGAAACUCAUGCUCAAUGCUCUGACAUCGUCGGCCACAGAGAUCGACAGGUGUGGCAAGCCCGAACAGAAAAACAGACGACUAGCCGAUAUGCGAUCCAGCAGUUUCGACGCGUCAACGUUACGGGAAAAACUGACGGAAUCUGGAGCUACUUGGUUCACAAGGAGACACCAGACCCUGGAAACUAAAAAAAAGGAAAAAGAGAUCCGAAAGCCGAAGGUGACAUUCGCACCGGACUCCAAGCCGGCUUCGGGUGACGCGGCAGCCGUCGUUUGGGAUAAACCAACGGGGUCAAUGGUAGACGCCAGUGCCCUCGGCAGCGCUAUAGAAGUCUUCCUCCGGAGUGGUACUGCAGCUGUUCCUGGGCCAUCAACGUCCGGUGCAAUUCCCAAAGAGACGAUAGCCAAAACCGAGAAUGAAAUUCAACCCAAGCCCAGCACGAGCCGGGCGGGGCGCAGCGAAGGCGAGCGCUGGUUGCUGACCAGACCGGAGGAGGAAGAGUCCGCGGAGGGCUGCGACGCCUCCCUCUGCUCAUCACUUAAAGACCUUUUCGUGUAGGCGUUUAAAUUCCAAAAUUACAUAACUGUAUAGUAAUAUUAUAUUCGCUAUGACAUUCGCAUCGUAACUCUCUUUAAUCGUGACAGUUUCGAAAUGUCGCGAUCGAAUUUCGCGGGUAGUUACGAUUAUAAUGGUAUAGGGAAUCGGAUUCCUGAUUUAAUUCUCAGGUAUGUGAGAUACUUCUUAGUCAUGUACGCUCGAUGUACCUUACUAUAUUUAUAAAUCUUUCAAUGUGAUAGACUGAGCGCUGGACGCUCGCGCCGGUCGUCCUGAGUCGACUCACGACCGACGCCCGCUCCGCGUUGUAUCUAUAUAAUAUAAUAGAGUAAAUUCUAUUUUUCAUUGUAAAUUUUUCGAUAUUAGAAAUCAAAAGUUAUUAGACUAAUUGUUAGUUAGAAAAUUGUAAGUAUUUGUAAAGAACGGACGCGCGCUUUCCACGCCCCCCGGCCCCCGCGCGGCCGCACCCCGCCCCGUCUCGUACGACAGUCUUGUCUUGUAAUCAAAUGUUAACCAUUAAACAAUUUAUCUUUGUCAUUGUAUAGCAGAUAAUAAUCGAAAGAGACGUGUCGUUGGGAGAAACGUACGCUUAAUAGACGAAUGUGACUUCCAGUCGUCAUAAAUAUAUCAAUAAAAUUUUUAUCGAUGUU